GUGGUCGCUUCAUGUUUGACAGUUUAUUGUUGUUGGAAAAAUAGAUUAUUCAAUAAUUUCGAAAUGGACGAUUAAAGGAUGCUCAUACAGAUGAAAUAAAAACUGGUUACUACGUUUCCAAUACAAUGAUGCUCUUAAAGUUGUAGCCUACUUACAAAAUAGGCCAAAAAUAGGAUCUAAAACUAAGCUAUGUUUACCUCGAUCAAAGUUGUAUUUUUAUAAAUAUUAGAGGUCAAGAAUGAGGUGUAGUGUGCAAAACUGUUCUAAUGACACUAAAAGAACAACUAAAAGCCAUGGAAUCACAUUUCACAUGUUCCCAAAACAACUAAGUCUGCGUUCUGCCUGGGUAGAGGCUUUAGGCAUGGCGGACUGGGAGCCUAAGGACCGGAGUACCGUCUGCUCCGAACAUUUUAGGAAUGAUGACUUUUAUCUGACUAAGCGAGGGUUGAGACGGAUUAAGUGUGGGGCUGUACCCGUUGUUAUGCAAGAUUCGGCAGAUGACCUCGAUGCGCCGGCCGCUCUGAGGGUGUGCCGAAUAUGUUUAGUAAUGGACGCCAAAAUGUAUCAUAUAAGGGAAUUUAAACUGGACCAGAUGUACGAACAAAUUACUGGAUUAAUGGCCAGUUCUGAAGAAAGAUUACCACAGCGCGUUUGCUGGGAGUGUGGUGCGCGAUUGCUAGCGGCGUAUCGCUUUAGAAGUAAAGCUAUGCGAAGCGAUGCUUUGCUACAUGAUCUAUUGCAGUCUGAUACGUAUAUAAAAAUCCGCGAUAUAAAAUCAAUUAACCGAUCUCACAACGGCUUAACUUCAAAUUUGAUACACAAAAUAUAUGAAAACAACGACUAUGAUUUACAUAUAGAUUUGAGCAUUAAAACCGAAGAUUCGAACAUUGAUAUUGACGAACAAAUAGACGACAAUAUUAUUAAUAUUAAUGAGAAUUUAGAAAUUGAAGUGAAAAGUCUAGCACCUAUAGCCGAAAUUGAAAUCAAAGAUGAAACUUCGAAUAAUAUAUUUUUUGAUGAGUAUGAUGGUGAUCAUUUUGACGAUGAUGAUGAUAAGGUUUUGAGCGAAGUUCUAGAGAAGAAGGUUAAGCCUAAAGUGAAGAAGAAAAAGGUUAAAGUCGUGAAGAAGGUGAAAAAGAAAAUUGAUGAAGAAGAUGAUCCGGAUUUAACUAGUGAUAGAUACAAGAAAACAGACGUCAAACGCCGUCGUACAAACGAAGCUUUAGACGAAUCUCUAUUUACAAUAACGUCUCUCACAUACGAUCAACAAAUAGAAGAGAUAUGCAAACGACAGGAGAGUGCUAACUAUAUUAGCGCACCUUAUAAAUGCACCGUGUGUUAUCGCGGGUUUCUGAUCAAAGACAGAUAUACUGCGCAUGCUGUUAGACAUAGCGAGCAAAGUGGAGCAUACGAGUGUUUCAUAUGUAAGACGCGGCUCAAAACUAGUCGAGCGCUCAGGAAACAUCUGACAGCUCAACAUACUGAACAGUACAGUUGUAAGGGAUGUCCGUUUGUCACCAGAAAUAGAGGCGUAGCAAGAGAACACGAGAAAUGGCACGCGGGAACUAAAUAUCAAUGUCCACAUUGUGCUAGCGAGUUUGAUAAGUUAACAACAUAUAUGGGUCAUAUAAGAAUAAAGCAUGUAUCAGACUUUGUUUGUGAACUCUGUGGGUAUACUUUUGUCAGUAAAAAGGGUAUCGAUGUCCACAAGAAGAAGAAACAUCGACUUGUCGAUAAAACGUUAACACUGGAAGGGCCUUAUUGUGAAAUGUGUGACGUUACAUUUAUUUCUGAAGAGGCGCAUGAGAGACAUCUUAAGUUAUCUGCGAGACACAGUAGCGAUCAUGACCCUAAUAGAAUCCGCAACGACUCUCAAAGUAUGAACACAGAACGCAACGGCAGAGUUAUGCGACGAAUAGAGAGACGACCGGUCAUACACCCGCGAACGACACUCGACCGCGAGCCGCACCCACCGGUUAACUGUGAACAGUGCGGCAUACAACUUCGUGAUCUAAGAGUGUACGCUCAACACUUCAGACGCGCUCAUCCCGACAAGAAUCGCACCAAGUACCCCGCCAUGAAGACGCCGUGUAUGUGUGAGCAGUGUGGCAAGAUAUUUCAGAGCAUGGCCCUCCUAAAAGACCACAUGUGGGUCCACACCGGCGAAAAACGCUUCAAAUGCGACCGUUGCACGAAGAGCUUCACCCAGAAGACCAACCUGGUGUUCCACAUGCGCGUCCACAGUGCCUCGCGGCCGAGCUACGAGUGUCCUCUGUGCGGCAAGCACUUCGCCUUCUUCAAUAACAGGCGGCGGCACAUGUUUAUCCACACAGGCCUCAAACCCUUCAAAUGUGACACCUGUGGUAAAUGCUUCACCACCUCAGGCGAACAGCGCGCUCACGUAGAGCACGUGCAUCUGAAGAAACCGUGGCCCAAGCGCAGCCGACACCGACCUCACGAGUGGAAGUGUCAUACGCCUAACGAGGACUAAUAGAUAGAUCAGAAGCUAGUGAAAGAUAGAUUGAAUUCUAUCUAUUAUACAAAGUGUGUCGUACUUAAUCACAGUAAAUGAAAUGCGUUAUCAUCCUUUUUUCCAACUAUGUUGGGGUCGGCUUCCAGUCUAACCGGAUGUAGCUGAGUACCAGUGCUUUACAUCUCUUCUCU